AUGGCGACUUCAUUCUCUUCCCCUGCUCCCACGAAACCGGUUCUUCAGUUCAGAGCGAAUUGCUCGAAGCCUCUCGUCUUUCUCCCAGAUUCGUGCUGGAGGGCAAUCACUCCGGAGAGAUCUCCCUCUCCCUCUGCACGCUUAAUCGCGUCUUGUUCAAGGAGCGACAAGCUUGGGCUCGGGGCGGGCGUUAAUCUCUCCGGUGGGCCCGUUGUCAAGCGGUCACUGCAGAAGAGGUUGGUGAUAAGGUCCGCAACUAUCGAAGAAAUUGAAGCGGAGAAGUCUGCAAUUGAGAGCGAUGUUAAGUCAAAGAUGGAGAAGACAAUAGAAACGCUUCGGACUAGUUUCAAUUCCAUAAGGACUGGGAGAGCUAAUGUAGCUAUGCUAGACAAGAUUGAGGUGGAGUACUAUGGAAGUCCAGUAAGUCUGAAAAGCAUAGCCCAAAUCAGCACCCCCGAUGGGAGCUCUCUAUUGCUGCAGCCGUAUGACAAAUCUAGCUUGAAGGCUAUAGAGAAGGCCAUUGUGAAUUCUGAUCUUGGAGUCACUCCUAAUAACGAUGGAGAUGUUAUUCGACUGUCCUUGCCUCCCCUCACUUCCGAUAGAAGAAAGGAACUAACUAAGGUUGUAGCAAAACAGUCUGAAGAAGGGAAGGUUUCUCUGAGGAACAUAAGGAGAGAUGCCUUGAAAUCUUAUGAUAAACUCGAAAAGGAGAAGAAGCUGUCAGAAGACAACGUGAAGGAUUUGUCCAGCGAUUUGCAGAAACUAAUUGAUAUAUACAUGAAGAAGGUAGAGGAGCUCUGCAAACAGAAGGAGAAGGAAUUGAUGAAGGUGUAA